ACUAGUUCACUUGUCAAGAUUACCAUAAAUACCGACAAAGUCCUAGCUGGAAUUUUUCUGGUGUCAACCUGUUAGCGUUGUUCAGUGCCAUAACUUUCUCCGAGAGCCAGCUCGCAGUCUGUGAUGCCUCAGACGUUUCUUUUCGCAGCUAAGUGGCCUAUAUAACCAAAGCUGUGUAAAAAAACGGUUUUGUGCACUACUCAACCAAUCCGAAGGUCUUACUGGUCUAACUGCAUUUUUUUUAAUCUGUGCGGUUCAGCCUAUAGGCCACAUUACUCGUAUCAGAAGGAGCCUCAUGAGCAAGCAGGUUUUUUCAAAGCUUGGGCUGAUUCUGGCAACGAAAUGAAAUACUUAUCCAAGCUUCCCCUUGGUUUUUGCUUCUGCAGUUUCUCACUUUGGUUAGUCUCUGUGUGUGAUGCACAACCUGCCGAUGACUUGUGGAAACAACAGAAGAACCACUCGGGUGUGCAGUCGAACAGUGCCGGAUUGCACACAACAGUGCGAAUGGACCCUCAUUUGAGACUGACAGAUGAAGAACUCCCGUUUACUUAUAAAGGUAAUUAUACUAAGCCAGAUAAUGAAGUGUCUUCAACCGCGGCUGUGGAAGUGGCGGAAGAAAGCACAAAUGAAUCUAUUUUUACGGAAACGUUUUUUAAAAUUACGAUGACUUCUGCUAGCCAAGCGAAGACUGCAUCGAUGCAUCCUGCGCCUUCUACAACAAGUGUCCCUUUUAAUGUAACGGAAUUCUCUAGCACCGCCGAAGUGAACACAUGGUGGAGGAACCACUCUGGGCAGCCUGUGGCAACGUCGUUGGUGCUACAAGAGACUACCAGGCCACCGAGAAAUACAACAUUCUUCAGCACUUUGAAAAGCACAAUCAAGAAGCUCAUGUCUCAAGCCGGCAGUGGAUUUCUACGGAAGUUGUUCCAUGCUGACGUAUCUAGUGAAUGCGUCAUAGGCAUAAUCAAGUUUACGCAAGCUCUUCAAGAGUUAAAACCAUGGGCAUUGAGGCUGGUGGACGCUACAGCGAAGUACCCAAACGGCCUUUUCCAGAUGACACUAGCUGACCUCGGGGCUUACGACGAGUGUAUUGAGACGGUGGAGCGAGACACGGACGGAAUAGUGCAAGUUCGGGGUCAGUACUGUGAUGUGCAAAUUAAACUGACGGAUAACAACUCUGCCGUUGAUGAACUCACGCGGGCCGUUACCUUGUCCAACGCAAAGGCUGCGAAAUUCAAGAGCCUUAUCACUAAGCCGAGUCUGCCUGCUUUUCGGCUGGGCUUGUGCUUUAUCGAUGCUUGCAAAGAAAGAGACCUGACGAACAUGGGCCGUGCCAUCGCAGGAACUGGUGUAAAAGUUGACGUGAAGAACUGCGUGAGUAAUGAACCAGAAGAGAUGAACAGAGCCCAAAUGUGCAUCAUCGCAUCAUUGGUUGUUGUUGCAGCUAUUAUUGUUGCUGCAACAUGUCUUGACCUCUACGCUGAAACGCAAGACAAAAAACUGAUGAAAGUUCUUUCGCACAACUACUUCAUGGCGUUUUCAGUGCUAAGAAGCAGCAGGCUGCUGCGAAGCACCCAACCAAAUCACAACUUCGAUACGCGGUGUUUCCAUGGACUCCGGUUCUUGAGCAUAUACUGGGUCUGCCUUACUCAUAUGUACGUCCUCUUCAAUGCAAAUAUAUCGAGGCUAAUCAACACUGUGCAAUUCAGCCAGCACUGGACGUCACCCAUCCUAAUCGCUGGAUUUUUAAGCGUGGAUACCUUUUUCUUUUUGAGUGGUUUUCUGCUGUACCACAGCCUUAAUAACCAAAAAAGGAAUCGAAUCAUCGGAGUAGUCAUCAUGCUCAUCAGAAGAAUAAUUCGAACUACUAUUCCAGUAUUUUUUAUGAUCAUGUGCAUAUACCUACUGCCACUGAUGGUAUCGGGGCCCAACUCCAAGGAAUUUUACAACAGGUUUUACACUGAAGUGCACGAUCAAUGGUGGAGCUUGCUUCUGCAGAUUCGGAAUUGGAGAACAGAAGACUAUCAAACAGCUCCGAUGAUCCAAUUGUGGUACCUUUCCGCGGACUACCAGCUGUUUGUUGUCGCCGUGCUCGUAAUUCAGGCAUUCGGGACGAAAAAACGUUUGGUAGCUUUCGUCUUCACGGCGCUUUCACUGAUCACUUGCGGUGUUUCUGCGUGGCAGAUGUACGGAACAAACAUGUUGCCUUUAAUUAUUCCGUGGUACAGUUCUUACAGCGCUUUACAUGACACACUCCGGUUUUCCUAUUACUUGCCCUUCUACCACGCCGUGUGCUUCUUCUCUGGCUGCAUCACUUUUUUUCUGGUCAAAAAAUAUGGCAAGGCUGAAAUCUCAAAGGUGAUGCAAGCUUUACUUUGGUGUAUCGCCUUAUCUUGUGGCCUGUGCUGCCUGUUCAUGAAGCUUGAGUGGCACCGCAGCAAUGAACGGGCUACAUUGAUCAAAAGGAUGAUCGUUUCAUUCAGUGACCGCCUACUCUGGUCCAUCUGCAUUUCCUGGUUUUCAUUCGCUUGCAUCUCAGGCAGAGGAGGAUUUGUCAACAAGUUUCUAUCCUGGAAUGGAUUUGUGCCGCUUAGCCAACUCUCCUUCGGCGUCUACCUCAUUCACUUGCCCUUCUUACAUCUCAUGCAUCGCAUCGCCAGAGAAAGGAGGCACUAUUCUCACUUCAAUGUGGUGUCCGACUGCUUUGUUGUCCUGAUUUGGAGCUACAUGCUGAGCUAUGUUCUUUUCAUUGCCUGUGAAGCUCCUAGCAGACGUCUGGCUAACAUGGCCUUCAACCUACAAGGAAAGAACACUGCAAUGAUUCGCGCUACAGAUGACGACAAAAAGAGUACUUCAGACUAUAUGAGAAGUAAAGACUCUCGAUAUAUAGAAAUAGGGGACAAAAUGAUGAAACUAUACCCGGCAGAAAGCAACUCUUCAAAAGGGAAAGAAGAUGGCUCCAGCAGACUUUGAUCACACAAGUGUGUUAGAGCUGCGCUACUGAACUUUGCAAAUAUCUGCGUCCUCAAAAAUUGGUCUCUUUUGUAGCAGCUUUGGCCCCACGUAUUCAGAUAAGUGAUGAAUUUUGUAUUGCUCGCAUAUGUUCAUAUAUAGGUUAAGGAAGAACCAAUUACUAUAGCAAACGCCCUAAUAAUUCACACAAUGUGGCAAGAGCUGUCGAAAUAAAAGCUAAAUAAGAUUUA